AUCGUAAGCGUAACUAUUUCCGUCGGCUGCAAGUGUGCUUUGCGUCAGUUUGUAAUUUCGUCACGUUUUCUGAAUGUUAACUUAACAAAAUCAAAAGACAAUGAGCUCUGGUCUUAUUAUUGCUGGAGUUGGUCUUGCAGUGGUGGGAUAUGCAGGCCGAUACAUUUUAAGAUAUGGACGAGCUGCACAAAACACUAUAAAAAAGCAGUUGGAUGCAUCUGGGGCUUUCAGCAAAUACUAUAAAGGAGGAUUUGACCCCAAAAUGUCCAAGAGAGAAGCAGGCCUUAUACUUGGAGUCAGCCCCUCAGCCAGCAAGGCCAAGUUAAAGGAGGCCCACAAGAGGAUCAUGCUAUUAAAUCACCCUGACCGAGGAGGAUCCCCUUACCUUGCUGCCAAAAUCAAUGAAGCAAAAGAUUAUUUGGACAGUGCCAGACCUGGUUCAGGGAGCUGAGAUCAAACCUGUCUGUGGUUUACAAUUAACUUCCGAGAUCAGUUAUACAAGAGACAUUUCAUGUGCUAUUAAAUCUGUGUUUAUUAAAAAGAAAAGAAAUCAUAGAUGAAUUUUAAAUCAUGACCAAAACUGUUGACAGUGUGUAAGACAUACAGCCGUAUGACUGUUAAUGUAAUGAGUACAGUAAUAAUAUACAAGAAGCAUUCUGGGAGUGCUGCUAAACCAAUACAUGUCGUCUACCAGUCCCAACACAUUUUCCAAUCUCUUAAGAUUAAAGGCCACAACUCUGUCAGAAAUAGGUAAAUAGCCAUACAAGUCAAACUUGAUCUGUAACACAACAUGAAAUAAAGUCUGGAAAACAUGUGGGACGGACAGAUAGAUAGAUAGAUAGAUAGAUAACUAGUUUAACGUGCUUAUAUACCACUAGGGUUUCUAACACGCCCAUCCCAAGUCCGACCUCCGAUAAGACCGGUGGCCUGACUCGGGACGGACAGGACAGACGAAACCUAUAUCGCCCUCUGGUCGGACAGGUAGAGGAUUAAUAAGAAUUAGGCUAUGGGUUAUUAAUAUCUUGAAAGUAGAUUAAAGUAGGCCACUGUCUAUUUGUAUUUUUAAAAAAGUGUUGAGCCUAGUUUUUAACAAGUGUGAAGUAUGUUCGACUAUUGUAGCAUUUAAACAGUUGAAUAUUAAUUUGUGUAAUGUAAUCAAUUAAUAUACAGUCUUCUCCAUGAGUAAUCUUUUAUUGUAAGGAAGUCAAUUUUCUGAUCAUGUCAAAGUUUCCAGGAAAGUGUGGAGGGGAACAAGCACCUGUUAUGUCAAAGACUGAAUAAUUUAUUAUUUAUUACAUGGAAAUCACUGUGAAAUAAUUGGCAAUCCAAUAAAGAUUUGUAUUUGUUAACUGACAACUUGCUUAAAGUGACAGACCCUAGUUUUUAAACACUAUGACAUAUUUUUCACUAUUAAAGCCGUUUUUGAUUAUUUAAAUUAGAAAUACUUUCAUUUUAUUAUUUAGAAUAUUCAUUUUCGUACACUUGGAGUGGUUCUGGUCAUGCAGUUGUUUGCAAUACCCCAAAAUGCAUUUUUCAUCAGUCGAAAAAUAUACGUUCGUCUGAGAAGUAAUGGUUAUUUUUGGACUGUAUUUCACCAUUUAAACACCACAGAUUCUCUCCCUUACAACUUUAUCUGAAUGUGUUGCAGAUUUGUGGAUUAACUAAACUUGGUGUCCAUUUUCUGGGGCUAAAACAUGAGUGUGCACCUUUAAGGAUACAUGCUUACCUUAUCAUUGCUAGCAAAUUCAAUGUGUUCAGAUGGUCAUGAUGUUUGGCAUAGUAUUUUGUGUGGACUACAAGAGGUACAUACCUGAGAAACAACAUGUAGUGGCAGUGAUUUAAAGUGUGUGUGUGUGUGUGUGUGUCUCAAUGUAUAUCUAGUUGCUGAAUGGAUGGUGUUACUCAAUACAAAUAAAGAAUUUUAUUUAUUA